AUGGCUGCUAAAAUAUAUCAAUCGGAUCAGGAAUUGGAAACAAAGGUCAAGAAAGCAACCGAACGGAUAUCUGAAAAUAUGCACAUAGUUGCAAACGAGCCGUCUCUUGCAUUUUAUAGACUCCAAGAACACGUGCGGAAAGCAUUGCCUCCUAUGGUGGAGAAACGGGUAGAAGUACUAGCAUUGCAGCAGCAGCUUUUAGGUAGAUGUUACGAUGUAGAAUAUGCUGUUAGUGCUAUUAAAACAAUGCACGGUGCUGGAAAAAGUUUUGAGAACACUCUGGAAUUUAUAAAGAAUGCAAUAUUCUUUAAACAACAAUUAAAAUACGAGGAACAACGCCGGCAUAAAAAGGAUGGAAACAGAGAUUCUGUAUACAAAAGAUUAUCCGCGCACAUUCCCACGUUAGACCACUUACCAGAUGAAAUAUCCGAUGUAGUAAGAGAAACAGCUAACAGAGUAGAAUCUAUGAUGAACCAUGCCAGGCAUUCCGCUGAAGUACAAAAAACAAAUUGA